AUGUCUCCAGCGUCCAUGAUCAACACAAGAGCUGGAGGAAAGCAAGGCCUCGAAAUGUCCGAACAACCAGGUCGCUAUGUCUUGAAGCUUCAUAGUUCACCAUCCGACUCCUCGGAUGAUGCGAUUCCAUCGAUUUCGACUCAAAAUAAUGAAGCUGGCAUGUUAGAUAAGCUAUCUUCGGUGAUGGCAAAUUUGGUCAAAGUUGCUACCAAACCGACAAUGUCAGCUAAGGGUGACGUCAUCCCUCCGUUCAACCCGGAAGACCGUGAUCAAUCCUCCGAAAAAUGGUGUCAUAAAAUCGACGAACUACGUGACAUCUACGGAUGGUCGGAAGAAGCCACCAUCCAUUUUGCCUUGUCGAAGCUGGAAGGAUUGGCAACUACUUGGUACAAGGGACUGCCAACUAUCAGGUUCACUUGGUCAGAGUGGAAGGAGAAAAUCCAGUUGGCAUUUCCGUCUAGGAAGGAUUACCAUGAAAUCCUAGCGGAAAUGAUGCAGCGCAGAAAACGUCUUGACGAGAGUUAUUCUCGUUACUUUUACGAGAAGACGGCCCUGCUAAAUGCGUGCGGGAUAAGUGGAGAGAACGCCGUAUCGUGCAUCAUAGGGGGAAUCGGCGACGUAGUUGUGCAGACCGGAGCCAAGGCGGGUGGUUACGGUACGCCUGAGGCGCUGUACCGUUAUCUUUCAACGAUCCCUGAAACGUCGGGGGUUCAGACUGCCACCCACGCGCCAGGCUGGGUUAAGGGAAAGAGAUUCCAACGGCGUAGUUUUCGUCAAGCAGUAUCAGUAACCCAAGUUGAUGAGAUCAAUGAUACACACAAUGAAUCCAAUGAGGUCAAGGUAGGUGCCACCCAAUGCACUCUAGUAGCAGCACAGAAUGCCUUACUUGCCACAGCACAGGUGGAUGUCACAGACAAGAUAACCUCAAUGGUUCCCGACAAUAAUAUUCCUAUUCAACAUUUCAAUUUACCAGUCAACAUCAAACUGGCAGAUCCAGAAUUCAAAGUUACACGAAAUAUUGACAUUUUAAUCGGUGCAGAGGUUUUUUGGCAAAUCUUAGAGAGUGAACGCAUCAACAUUAGUAAAGAUUUACCCAUUUUGCAAAAUACCAAAUUAGGUUGGGUCCUCGCUGGUCCAUUAUCCAUGCCAGUCACAAAAACUCAAUGUCAUUUGUCAGUAACAGAUCCUUUACAGAAUCAGUUAAGAAAGUUCUGGGAGCUGGAAGAAAUCCCAUUUGAUUCCCCGGCUUGGUCCCCAGAAGAGCGUUUAUGCGAAAAACAUUUUAUUGAAAAUCUGCAAGUUUUAGAAAACGGACGUUUCAUGGUGUCAUUGCCAUUCAAAGAAUCUCCAGACAAGCUGGGUCAUUCACGAGAGGGCUUUGAUUCAGUUAACAGUAAUCAUUUAGUCGAUUUCACAAGCAAGGACGAUCUAACGAGCAAAACUUUAGGACUCGUGUGGCGUCCAGAAUCAGACAUUCUUACAUAUAAAAUUCAUUCUGAAACUAACCACACAGCGAAUAUUACCAAAAGGCAAAUUUUGUCGAAAAUUUCAACUAUCUUUGACCCACUAGGGUUGCUUAGUCCUUGCGUAAUCAAGGCUAAGGUCCUAUUGCAAUCACUUUGGGCGGAAAGUAUAGCCUGGGACACUCCGCUGCCAGUUGACAUGCGCAAGUCAUGGCUCAGUCUUGCAGAAGGCUUAAAUAUUUUGAAUAAGCUUAUCAUCAAUCGCAAGGUAGUAUGUGAUAAGGCAACGGCAAUAUCAAUGCAUGCAUUUGCAGAUGCUUCGGAAAAAAGCUACGGAGCAUGCGUAUACAUUGUAUCUGAAAAUGCAAGUGACCGCCUGCACAGCCAUUUUUGGACUAGAUGGAGCAAAGAAUAUAUCAGCGAACUGCAACAGCGCUGUCGUUGGAAGCAAACCCGAGGAGAUCUACAGAUAGAACAGCUAGUGCUAAUGAAAGACGACAACGCCCCUCCAGCCAAGUGGCGUCUUGGAAGAGUCAUUCAGCUGUCACCUGGCACCGACGGCGUCCCCCGAGUUGCAUCGUUGAAAACCGAGAACGGAAUGACUUCUAGAGCUAUCAACCGCCUGGUUCCAUUGCCGGUUGUCCAUCCGCAGGAUUCCCAUGUCCGGGGCAUAUCCAAGGAAACGAGACCGAGUACAACAAAUGAAUUAGAGUCCACUUCUGAUUCGGUUAAUUCCGUAUCCAGUAAGAUCCAGAAUACCAACCAACCUCAAAAGAAAAUAAUAUGUUUCCAAAAAUACAAGGCUGAAUGGGAGCAGCAUGAAAAUUUUAAGAACUGGGUGCAGCCAAGUUCCCGUAGAAGCUAUUUUUUCCACUGCAAGUCUUAA